AGUGUCAAACAUUCCUCUUGCCGUCGCCGGAUGACGCUCGCUCCUACGCCUUGGCUUCCUGGACCUUUUCCGCUUUUGCUUUGUGGCCAGAACGUUUUUUCUUCGUGCAUUUUUAGUGCAAAUUCACGAAAGAAAACACCCCGGCUCACCGUUCGUAGUGAAACGGCACUUGCGGACACAGCGUUGCGCAAAACCCACGUUUGCAGUACAGUGUGCAAUUCCAUCACCGGGUAAUUGUGUGCGUACGUGUGUGUGUGUGCAUCUCAAGCCUAGCAUCCUAGCACAACACAACGAUGGCGGACACGGCCACAGAGAGCACCAAUGCAAGCGCUGCCACUGCUGCAGCUGCUGCUACGAACUGGGUGCAGAAGACGGAAGAUCAGGAAAUAUCGAAUCUGGUGGACAGUCUCGCUAUAGGCAAAGACAAAGGAAGCGCGGAGAGCAAUCCGGAAGCGUCGGGGGAAGCAGCGGAACCAGCCGCACCGGCCGUAAAUGGUUCAGCAGGUUCGCCACCCUCUGUUGCCGGGUCCGAGGAGAUCGAAACUGUCAACCCGGCUGAUGCCAGUUUGCUGAUGAAAAUCAUUCGCAAGGGUUUGGUCGAAUCGAAGCUCGAUCUCGAGGUGCAGCGUAAAGAUCCAUCCUCGCCGCUGCAUUCGGUCAAAUCGUUCGAGGCGCUCCACCUUAAGCCGGAGCUGCUGCAGGGUGUGUACGCGAUGGGAUUCAACGCACCGUCCAAGAUCCAGGAGACGGCCCUUCCGACACUGCUGGCCGAUCCGCCACAGAACAUGAUCGCCCAAAGCCAGUCGGGCACGGGUAAAACGGCCGCCUUCGUGCUGGCCAUGCUGAGUCGCGUCGAUCCGCGCAAACCCUACCCGCAGGUGAUCUGCCUCUCGCCGACGUACGAGCUGGCCAUUCAGACCGGCGAAGUCGCGGCCAAGAUGGCCAAGUUCUGCAAGGAAAUCAAGCUCCGGUUUGCGGUACGUGGGGAGGAAUUGCCGAAGGGAAAGAAGAUUACCGACCACAUCAUCAUCGGCACGCCGGGCAAGCUGAUGGACUGGGGCAUCAAGUUUCGGGCGUUCGAUCUGCGCAAGAUCUCCGUGUUCGUGCUGGACGAGGCGGACGUGAUGAUUGCCACCCAGGGCCACCAGGAUCAGUGCAUCCGGAUUCACAAGCAGCUGUCGUCUUCCUGCCAGAUGAUGUUCUUUUCCGCGACGUACGAAAAGGAGGUGAUGGAGUUUGCCGAGUACAUUGUGCCGAAUCCCAUCAUUAUACGGCUGGCCCGCGAGCAGGAAUCGCUCGAUAACAUCAAGCAGUACUAUGUGAAGUGCAAAAAUCAGGACGAAAAGUAUCAGGCCAUUUCCAACAUCUAUGGUGUGAUAACGGUUGGCCAAGCGAUCAUUUUCUGUCAUACACGAAAAACCGCUGGCUGGUUGUCGGGUAAAAUGACUCAGGAUGGACAUUCGGUGGCCGUGCUGUCCGGCGAGCUGACCGUCGAGCAACGACUGGCCGUGUUAGAUCGCUUCCGUGCUGGGCUGGAAAAAGUACUCAUUACCACGAACGUGCUGUCUAGAGGAAUUGACGUCGAGCAAGUUACGAUUGUGGUGAACUUUGAUCUACCGAUGGACCAGAGCGGUCGGGCUGAUUGUGAAACCUAUCUGCACCGAAUCGGUCGCACGGGACGCUUCGGCAAGAACGGUAUCGCCAUCAAUCUUGUCGACAGUGAUCACAGCAUGGAAAUCUGUAGGACGAUUGAGGCCCAUUUCCAGAAAAAGAUUCAACUGCUGGAUGCGGAAAAUUCGGACGAAAUUGAAAAGAUUGGCUCCUAGACAAGCAGAGGACUAUGACCAUGAUUUCAUAAGCGACGAAAAUUUUCAAAAACUUACUUGGCUCCACAAUUAUUACUACUAUUACGAGGAACUAAGCAGGAGUGCAUGGUUAGCAUUAUUACGCGCCGAGAAGCAAAACACUUCGACGAUGGAAAAUAACAAACAAUUGAAAUUAAUAAGGAAUAUUGCCGCUGCUACAGGUGGCUAUUAUUU